CCGUAGAACGCCUUUACCUAUUCUUCACUCCACCACCUCUUUCCGACACGACUGCCACGCCCGUUCCUGAGCUGUGUCGAGAUCACCACCAUGGCCGACGCCGGCAUCGACAUCGCUCAACUUACCGAAGACCAGCAGCUAGCCUUGCAGCAGUUCAUAGCUGUGACCGACCAAGCUCCAGCAGCUGCCGUGCCACUCCUCCAGCGCUGUCAGUGGAACGUGCAGAUUGCUAUCGCGAGAUUCUUCGAUGGCGAGCCCGCUACUGACCCGGUUGCCGAAGCAAGCUCGAGUUUACCUCCUCCACAAGACCCUCGUCGUCAAGAAACCCUCCUGAACGGCUUCUCUUCAGCCCCGCGAUCGUCGUCCUCAAGUAAUAGACGCUUCGAAUCCGCCCCGCGCAUAGUCCCCCAGCCCGAGAGCCAAAUCACAAAUCAGGCACCACUGCUAUUGACAAUACUGUUCACACCUUUCAGCUUGGUCUACUCGUUGCUGUCUAAAUAUUUCCGCUUCGUUGGAUAUUUGUUCCCGAUUCUACCGCGUACGUGGACCCGGCUCACCGCAGGAACAACCGCGCAGACACCUAGGCGAAAUACAAGCGGGCGUAGGCCACUGAAUACUAGAGACACUGCCGCCCGUUUUAUCCGGGAGUUUGAAGAGGAGUACGGCAGCCAUGAGUUGCCAUUCUUUGAAAACGGAUACGCCCAGGCGUUCGACUUGGCGAAGAAGGAACUGAAGUAUCUCAUGAUCGUUCUGGUGUCACCGGAGCAUGAUAUGACCACCUCAUUUGUCCGAGAGACUCUCUUAGCUCCAGAUGUUGUGAAUUUCAUCAAGGAUCCAGAGAACAAGAUCAUUCUCUGGGCCGGCAACGUUCAGGACUCCGAAGCAUUUCAAGUUUCUGCCGCGCUGAACUGCACCAAAUUUCCGUUUACGAGCCUUAUUGCACAUACUCCGCAAGUGUCGUCAACAUCCAUGGGCAUUGCGAUCCGGAUAGCUGGACCGACUCCACCAGGACAGUACAUUGCCAAGUUACAACAGGGUAUCCAGGCUGUUGCAGAGCCCUUGAACCGAGUUCGAGCUCAACGCGCGGAGUUGCAAGCUUCGAGGAACCUAAGAGAGUCACAAAAUAGCGCCUACGAACGAUCACUGGCGCUAGAUCGCGAGCGAGCACGCCAGAAGCGCGAGGCCGAGGAACGGAAGGCACGGGAAGAGAAAGAGGCGCUAGACCGCGAGGCAGCAAAAGAAAAAGAGGCUCUGAAUCUUGCCCAGUGGCGCAAGUGGCGUGCAACCUCGAUUGCUGAUGAGCCAGGCCCUGAUGUCAAAGACGUCGUGCGCAUCAGCUUGCGAAUGCCAUCAGGAAAUCGUAUUGUGCGCAAGUUCGCAGCUGAAAAGCCCAUUGAGGAACUCUAUGCAUUCGUUGAAUGCUACGAUAUACUGCAGUCACAAGAGCCAAUAAGUGAGAAAGUCUUCAAGCCGGAUGAUUUUGAGCACGAAUAUAAAUUUAAGCUGGUCUCUCCUAUGCCACGCGAGGCAUACGAGCUGAGCGCAGGUGGAUCCAUCAAAGACCGCAUCGGACGCAGUGGGAAUUUGAUUGUAGAAAGGACUGAAGACGAUGAUGAUGAGGGAGAGAUUGCAGAUUCGGACUAGGACUUAAGUAUCCAUGAUCCAGCAUCGGGCGGCGUUACCUUUUUUUGAGCUUUUAGCGUCACGGCAUAUGGGGUAGACUAGGUCCAGCACAAUGACGGCAGGCUGAAGGUGUACGGUAAUGUUAGAGCGUCUUGGUGCAUAGCCGCAUGUGCAAACGUCAGGAUAAUCAAAGUGGCUGUCGCGAUAGACCAGGU